AUGAGUGACUUAGAGCUCAAUAUAUCUCGAAAGCAGGUAUUAAAGAAGGUCGACCAUCUCAUUGAGCGCUUGGAAGACUACCAAGUUCUUAAGGGUGAAUAUGCUAAAUUAUCUGAAGUGGAAUUAACUCAACUCUAUAGCGUCAUGCAAGACAUUUUUCUUGAAGAUAAUAUUGUUAUAGAUCUCGAUCUCUCAACACCUCUCUAUAUUAUCGGCGAUAUUUUUGGACAAUUUGGGGAUCUUCUGAGGAUGUUUAAACUCAUGGGCAAUCCACCUGAAAGAAGAUACCUCUUUCUCGGUAAUUACAUAAAUCGUGGCGAUCGAUCAACUGAAACACUUACCUAUCUCUACUGUCUUAAAUUAAAAUUUCCCAAGCAUAUUUAUCUUCUCAGGGGUAAUCACGAAUGUCAGCAUGUAUCUGAGAACUAUGGUUUCUAUAAUGAAUGCAUCGCACGUUUUACUGGCAAACUUUGGCAACCAAUUGUGAGAACAUUCGAUCAUCUUCCAUUGAUUGCGAUAAUUGAGGAGAAGAUCUUUUGCUGCCAUAGUGGAAUGUCUCCAAACAUUCAGCGAAAGGGUAUUUCAAGUCUUCAGGAAUUUCGAGAUUAUUUGGAGAAGACAAUCUCUAGACCAACAGAGAUUGAUACGAAUGUUCUAAUGACUCAUUAUACAUGGUCCAAUCCGGAUCCUGAUAUCGAAGAUUGGGAUGAGAAUCCGGCUGGACUUGGAUAUCUUUAUGGUCCAUCUGUGGUGAAUGAGUUUUGUGAACGUCUCGGCAUUCAACAAAUCAUUCGAUCAAAUGAGUACUUCGAAAAGGGCUUUGACUAUUCCUUUGAAGGAAAAAUUCUGACCAUAUUUUCAGCUCCAAAUUAUCUUGGAACUUUUAAUAACAACGGAGCAAUUGUAGAAAUGAAUAAGCAUCCAAUCACGCAGGAAAUUAAAUAUCACAUCAAAAUAAUCGAGCCGAUAAUGGAGUUGAGGACUAAGAAGACAGGUCAGAUGAACAUUGCCAUAAAGUACGCUGACGAAAUUGAGGAAGAAUUGGAUGCAAAUUUUUUACAAGACGACCCGGUUAAAAUAGCGGAGCAAACCAUGCCGAUAAAUUAG